ACAUGCCCAAAUAUCCUCUCUCUUCACUCAUGUUCCUUUUAUAACCAAAACAAACUUUAUCUCUCUCUCUCUCUCUCACAAACAAGAACACAAAAAGUUAUGGACAAUCUCCGGAAACUUAAUCUUCUCUCUGUCUCUCUAACCAUAAUCUUUGUCUCUCUUACAAUAGCCACCAACUUACCUUUCUUUGAAUUGAAAUAUCCCAACAACAACCCUUUUGGGAUGUUACUACGGCCGGCACCGAUCAAGAACCAGUCCUUGGGUCUACCGGCUCAGGUCGGGUCAGAUGAGUGUCAGGUUUGGACCAAAGCAUGUUCCGAUGAGAUUCUUAGGUUGACUUAUCAGCCGGAUAACGUGGCGUGGCUUAAACGCGUUAGGAGGACGAUCCAUGAGAACCCGGAGCUAGCGUUUGAGGAGUAUGAGACGAGUAGGCUUGUUAGGUCCGAGCUAGACCGUAUGGGUAUCAUGUAUAAAUAUCCGUUAGCGAAAACGGGUAUUCGGGCUUGGAUCGGAUCCGGUGGACCGCCUUUUGUUGCGGUUCGGGCUGAUAUGGACGCACUACCUAUUCAGGAAGCAGUUGAAUGGGAACACAAAAGCAAAGUUGCAGGCAAAAUGCAUGCAUGUGGUCAUGACGCACAUGUGACUAUGCUUCUUGGUGCUGCCCAUAUUCUUAAGUCUCGUGAACAUCUUCUCAAGGGAACAGUGGUUCUCUUAUUCCAGCCGGCCGAAGAAGCUGGAAAUGGUGCGAAGAAUAUGAUUGAAGACGGAGCUUUGGAUGACGUGGAGGCUAUCUUCGCGGUCCAUGUGUCCCAUAUCCAUCCAACGGGUGUGAUUGGAUCAAGAAGUGGUCCUUUGCUCGCCGGAUGUGGAAUUUUUCGGGCCGUUAUCACUGCCGAAGAUAGUGGUGGCGCUGCUAAUCUUCUUCUUGCAGCUUCUUCCGCUGUCAUUAGCCUUCAAGGAAUUGUAUCCCGUGAAGCUAGUCCUCUUGACUCUCAGGUUGUAUCGGUUACUUCAUUUGAUGGCGGUCAUAGUCUCGAUGUGAUGCCGGACACGGUGGUCCUCGGUGGUACUUUCAGAGCUUUUUCUAAUUCAAGCUUCUAUCAUCUCAAGAAGCGUAUUCAAGAGGUACUCAUGGACCAGGUAGGGGUCUUCGGUUGCCAAGCGACAGUGAACUUCUUUGAGAAGCAGAAUGCGAUCUACCCGCCAACUACGAACAACGAUGCAACAUACAAUCACUUGAAGAAAGUCACCAUAGAUUUACUCGGAGAUAGCCACUUCACCUUGGCUCCACAGAUGAUGGGAGCCGAAGAUUUCGCCUUCUACUCAGAGAUCAUCCCGGCCGCAUUCUACUUCAUUGGCAUAAGAAAUGAAGAACUUGGAUCAGUCCACAUUGGUCAUUCACCACAUUUCAUGAUCGAUGAAGAUAGUUUAUCCGUUGGAGCCGCCGUUCAUGCCGCCGUGGCUGAAAGAUACUUAAAUGACAAAUAUUCAUAAGAACAAAGACAAUCUUCCCGGCUUUUUUUUUGUGGUUAUAUUUUUAGGUGUUACGGAAAUUAUAUUAAAUCUAUCUUUGCUUGGAAAUGUUUGCGAAGAGUAGUUUUUUUUUUUUUUUUUUAAUGUGUAAACCGCAUAUUGCGUAUGAUGGUAUGGAUUUUAGCUGAAGCGGUUAGAGUAAGAGAUAGCGGUACAAAAUCUUUUGAUCGUUAUAUAGUGUAAUCUGGGACAACUUUUUAUUGAUUUUAUCAUAUGAUAUAUUUGGACGUUGA